AUCUGGCAACAGUGAAAAAAGGCAGGUUUGUAUUAGUUCACUAUGCGAUGAAGUAAAUAGACAUCUUGACAUUUCAAAAGCUGAGAAAAUAAUAUGAUAAUACCAGGAAAUAAAUGGAAAUGUUCAGGCACAACACCCUCCUCUCAGUUUAAGAUGGCUAUUUUGGUUGAGGAGAGGAAGCUGGGCGGUGUCUUCCUUUAUGGGUGGAGCACAAAGUCAGGAAAUGAGUAAGAGAAAAAAACGGUUUCCCUCCCAUAUGAGUUUGGUGAGGAUGCGUAAACCGGAGAGCCCAACAUACGUUUAUCAGGAUGGACGUAACGGGAAAACGGCAUAAAGGGUCUGAGCUACAUCUGCCCAGACAUCUGCGAUGUGCUUCAAUGUGUGUUUGUUAGAAACAAGCUGAAGAUGCAGGGGGCCAUUGCACGAGUGUGUAUGGUGGUGACUGCUGCCAUAUUAAACCACCCCUUGCUCUUUCCCCAAGAGAACACCACACCUCCAGAGCAGGAAGAUGAGGUGAUCGCUCGAAUGCGGGAGCACCAGGAGAGGCUGGAAAUGGAGCAGGCAAGGCUGGAGAAUGAGCUUUCACAGUUGGACUCAAAGCAGGAAGAGCAAUCUAGCUCAGAGGAAGGAUACAGUUGGUACUUGUGGAGCACCGUGUCUUUUGUCAUUUUCUUCACGAUUGAGAUGUGCAGGGUGAAUCUUUCUGACGCAGAAAUACGUCCGGUUGAGGAUGAAGACCUAUUAUCAGAGAGUGGUGUCAUCACCCCCAGGACGAUGGUGCUGGAUAAGGUUGUCCUGAGCAACUUCUGCGACAAAUCCAACUACACUUUGUCUCAUGAAAACUGGAGAGUGAGGGAAUUUGUCGAGGGUUUUGCCGAUGACUUGCUGGAGUCGCUCAGGAGUGUCUGUGACGGGGAGGCAGACAUGGAAGUUGGGGACUUUGUCGGGAUUGGAAGCAUGUUUGAGUCUUGGAAGGUGUGCAAGCCACUGACGUGCGACCUUAUAGUGCCUUUCUCACCUCCAGAUCCGUACUCCUUCCAGUUUGACUUGUGGUGCAGCCCCUCCUGUGACAUGCCUCCAGACAUGCAGGGCUGUGGUAAGAUAAAGGUGGACGGCUUUCGGGAGGACAAGGAGGGAUGUCUUUGUGGCUCUGCUAACUUGGGGGAGGACAUGCUCUGUCUGUUGCAUGGGGGGGAAGACACAGUCCAAGUGGAACAUAGUCCUGAAGAACUGCUGUGCUCUAGAAACACUCAUUUGUUGACUAAAGAUCAAGUCACGAAGUGGUUUCAGAUCACUUUAACCAAAGCGUGGGGCCGCAUCUCUCACAAAUACGACUUUGAGGUUACAUUUGGCCACCUGGAUGCAGCCGGUGCACUCAAGAUCCGAUUCCGUUCGUGGAAAGUCAUCGUAAUGAACAUUAUACCCGUUGUUCAGUUGGAAGGUACGGAUGCUUAUUUUGUCCCACACUUUCCAUCAGAUUAUGUCAGCUCUCCCGACCCUUACUGGACCCUCUCGCUUGCUGUCUACGAGAGGAGUUUGCUGAAACAUUUUGCUAAACGCCUGCCACAAAACUCCUGUCAUUUACACUGCCUUCAGAUUGUGACUUUUCUACACAGAAAGCAAACGGUACUCACGGGGAAAAGUGCCCUCACUAACUACCACCUAAAGACUGCCCUGUUGCACUUGUUGCUGAGUAAAAGGCCCUCUGUGUGGGGCAUUGAGGAUACUGAGCAAAGGCUUCGGGAUGUGCUCAGCUUCUUGCAGAGGAGCCUACAUGAGAAGAGACUUCAUCACGCUCUGAUUGGGAACAGUCAAGUGCCGGAAGAAGUGCAGCUGCCUGAGGUUAUUAGCAAAGCAGAGCCCAUCAAUCUGUUCCGUUCUUUAUUUUUGCAGAGGGAGCUUUAUGCCGCAACAGUCAGGCAUUUCAAAGAGAUGUUGAGAAAUGCACCUGUGCUCAUACAGGAGUUCACACCGCCCUUAUCAAAUGGAGGUUUACACCACAGGCUAGAGGAAAAUGUGUGAGCUUAGGCCAGGGUUUCUUCAAAAGGAAACCACCAACUGAUCUUUAAAUAUCAUUCAAUGUUACUACGAACAAUGUUAUAAAUAGUUACACCAGACGAGUACUCAAAUGAAAAGGUGAACAUACAACAGUUCUCUUGAAAUCAUGUGGUGACUUGAGCUGUUGCCUUGUUAAAUUAAGUCUGCAGGAUCGCUUCUGAAGCUUAAAGGUGGUAGGGCUGCACAAUUAUUCGAAAUGAUAUCAAAAUUCAAAGUAUAGACAAGUGCAAUAUUCAAAUUGCAGGAAGCACAAUAUUUGUCUAAAUACGUGUUGGUAUACAAUUUUGAAUAAAGUAUUGUACAGCUGUAAGAGAUAUCCCAGCCAACAAAUCCUACUCUACAGUCUUACCAAAACAUUGUAAGGUAUGGAUCGUCUGUACAAUCAAUAUACUUUCCAAUGAAUAUUGAUAACUAUGAUUUAAAAAUAAACAAUUCCUUCAGUUUUUUUAAUCAUAUCAGUCAGUUGUUAUUUACAAAUCAUGCAGCCCCACUUAAUUCAUAUUGCUUGUUUUGCAGAUGUAACCUGGAUGAGAGAUUUUCAGUAGAUAUCCCUCUGCUUUAAAUUAUCACCAUUUAACAAAAAAUACCCAAAUAGCUGUUUUUGUUGGGGUAACAUUUUACAGAAAUACCUGAUAAUGCCGGUCUAACCAGGGAAUCUUUUUCCUAACAGUAAAGCUGUGGUUUUGUUUUCAUUUAUAUCAAUUUCAAUCUCAUGGCAACUAUUACAUUUUGUGAUGUUCAAUGUUUUUUUACUAUUAUAAAAGCAAAGUGUGUUAUAUUGUUGUGCCUAUUACAUUUCUACUGUGUUGUCAAUUUAUUAAAUUGGACAACCUUGAUAAGCAAGGAGGAAAAACAUUAUUUCGUUUAUUAGUGUAUCACACAGACUAGAGUCAUAUCAUCUACAUUUUUUAUUAGAAAAAAAGUGCCACAUUAUUGAAAAAACAUUGAGUCAUAUUUUCCUUUCCGUACCUCAUUAAGGUUUAUAUUUAAUAUUUAUUUAAUAACAAAUCAAGACUUAUUAUUUCCAAUAAACACAAUUCCUGUAUCCAUUUAAUGUUAACUCAUGAUAUCUGUUGCAAAAUAUUUUCCUAUGACAAAGUUGUAAACACAGACAUGAUCCCAAACCUGGAUAUGAAUAGAAAAAUGGGACGGUUUUAGAUUUGAUCACUUCUGUUCUACAGGCCGUAGUCAUAGUCUGGCUUCCCCUCCUGGUAAGACUUGUAGAAGGCCUUGUAGGUUUCUGCACUGUGCAUGCAGGCUUUGACCGCCGUGUCCUCUGACAUGCGCUCUGUCCACUUCUUCAACUCAGGUGUGCCACCAAGGCAGCUGAAAUAACAACGGGAAUUGAAUAAGUAAUUAAAUCACAACAUAUAAACACAAGAUUCAUAUCUGUUCAGGUGAGAUUCCCUGCUCUUCAAGUCUUGCUUCUGGACUUUACCUCAUAUUUGAACAGUUUGCUCGUCUUCUCUAUGGUUACCUUGAAUGUUUUUGGAAUGCUUCCACAAAUAAAAUGUAUUUAUUUUUUAA